AUGAAUGACGACAAAGAAGAGUCGGGUGCCAUCGAGCUCACUCAGAGUCAGUACACUGUUGGCUGGAUAUGCGCGCUGACAGAGGAAUUGACUGCCGCCACGGUUAUGCUCGACAACAUUCAUGAAAUGCCCACCGAUCUCAAUCUGCCUUCCACAGACGACAAUGUGUACGUCUUUGGAUCGGUCGGCAAGCACAAUGUCGUCUUGACAGGGCUUCCCAAAGGCAAAGUCGGCACCGUCUCAGCAGCCGUUGUAGCUCGAACAAUGGUCAAUUCUUUCCAAUCUAUCAAGUUUGGUUUCAUGAUCGGUAUCGGUGGCGGUGUUCCAAGUGAGGAUAACGAUAUUCGGCUCGGUGAUGUUGUUGUCAGCUCACCAAUUGGCAACUUUCCCGGUGUCGUCCAAUGGGAUCUCGGAAAAGCAAUAGACGGUGGCAGCUUUGAGCGGACAGGAGCACUCAACAGCCCUCCCCGCGCGCUGCUGUCUGCGUUGGUGCACUUGGAGUCACUUCACCAAAGGAAGGGCUCCUCAAUCCCUGGCUAUCUGCAAGACCUUGAAGCGAAGGAGCAAAGAUUGAUGCGAUCUUAUGGGAAAUCAGAUAUCCUCAGAGACGUUUUAUUCCCAUCUGACAGCCCACAUCGAAAUGAAGGCAGUGGCAGAAACAGGGCUGAUUGCGAGUCCUGCGAUACUGGAAAAAUCAUCGCAAGAGAGGAUCGCGAUGAGCCUAUAGCGAUUCAUUAUGGUCUGAUUGCGUCCGGAAACCAGGUCAUCAAAGACGCCAAUCUUCGAGAUAAGCUCAACGCGGAUUUCGGCGGCAACGUCCUCUGCGUUGAGAUGGAAGCUGCAGGACUGAUGGAGUCAUUUCCUUGUCUCGUCAUCCGGGGAAUUUGCGAUUAUGCCGACUCGCACAAGAAUAAGAAAUGGCAGAAAUAUGCUGCCCUAGUAGCAGCAGCAUACGCGAAGGAGCUUCUCAUGGUGGUUCCAUGUCGCGCGGUAGAGAAGAUGGCCACAAUUCAAAGGCCAAUUAUUAACACACACAUGCAGAACAACCAACAAAGCGAUCAACACAAGGCCAUCCUUGAAUGGCUGACGCCUGUCAGUUACGACUCUCGGCAGCACUCAAUCUUCAACCGAAGACAAGAAGGAACAUGCGAAUGGUUUCUUCAGUCGGAAGAUUUCGAAAAGUUCCUACAGAACGACGUAAAAUUGAUGUUUUGCGAAGGAUUUCCCGGUGCUGGGAAAACUAUUCUUGCAUCCACCGUUAUCAACUAUCUCCGACAUAAGCACGAGAGUCCCCCAGAGGAAAAGGUUGGGUUGGCGUUUAUCUUUGGCGAUUUUGUACAACGCUCUCAUCAGAGACCGGUCGACAUAUUGGCGAGCCUGACUAAACAGCUACUUCGAAAUCAAGCCUACGUUCCGCAGGAGGUGGUUGACACAUACAACACGUUGAAAGAAAUAGCACCAUCAUCUCGGUCCAACAAGGAUAACUCAACUUUCGCAAAAAUGCUUCAACAAGUGAUAACCUCGGUUUACACUCGGGUUUUCAUCGUUAUAGACGCCUUGGAUGAACUUGAAGAAGUUCGACCUCUUUUGCUGGAGGUUUUCAAUAUCGUGAAAAGUACCUCUGCAAGUCUUUUCGUCACGUCCCGUCCUAUUGAACAGAUCCAAAAGCAGAUUCAGUGCAGCUUCGAGGGAAUAACACCCUACAAAAUCCGCGCACCAGAUGAGGAUAUUGAGCUCUACAUAGACGAACGUCUGCUGGGACUAAAAGUCUUUAGUAAUGAAAAUACCGACUACAGCCCGGAAACGAUGUCUCAGUUGAGAAUUGACAUCAAUCGCACAAUCAGCGAGGUUGUUGAUGGAAUUUUUCUUCUUGCAAAGUUUCAUCUAGACGCUCUUGAGGGUAAAACAACACCCCGAAAGAUUCGCGAGAGUCUGGAAACACUAUACAAAGGACCAGACGCAUAUGCUCAGGCGUACAAGAAGACGAUGGAGAAAAUCAACACCCAAGAACCAGAACUCCAACUACUUGCCAAGCGCGUGCUCGGCUGGCUCAUUUUCUCGGAGAGGGAGCUCUCCAACUUGGAGCUUCGACACGCGCUGUCCGUGAACACUCAUGAUACGUCUUUUCCCAGCCAAGACCGCCUCGAGAAUACACAUACGAUACUCGAUGUAUGCAUGGGCUUAGUGAUAACGGAGGGGCCUGACAAAACUAUGCGACUACUUCAUUAUACAACUCAAGAGUUUUUGCAAUCGAAUCUGGACUGUCUCGACUAUGACCAGGAUCCGAAGCAACCCGCCCCUCGGAAUUUCUACGCUGCGAUUCAAAGAGGCAUUGCAGAAACAUGCAUUACUUUUCUCACACUCGGGACUUCUGAUUCCCAAUUCACCAAUGAUGCCGCCGCUGCGGCUCGGCUAGCAAUACUUUACGGUAUUCCUUUCUUUGAAACUGGAAUGACGGGUUUACAUUUUGCAGCCAACUUUGGGCUAGAGACUGUGGCUAUCAAACUGCUUGAAAGCAAGCAUGAUCUCGACGCGGCAGAUGACCAUGGCCAAACACCUCUGCAUUACGCAACCAGAGAGGGACACCAAGUUAUGGUCGAUUUCUUGCUGGAAAAGGGCGCGACUCGGAAUCCGGCGGACAUACAUGGACGAUCCCAUCACUUGUUGUAG